AUGCCUCCCCGUAAAAAGCCGUCCCGGGUCUCCCUCCCAGACCCUCCUUCGCCCUCCCCCUCUGUCCCCGGGGACGUGCCUACCCCUUCUACCGAACCUGCAACUCCCACAACCCAGGGUCUCCGACAGAGGAAAAAGGGAGACGAUAAGAGUGGCAGAGGAGACAAGCACCAUACAGAAUUCAAUGUAAAAUUGAAGAAGAAUGAUGACGGUAAAUAUCAUCUGCUAGCACCUGGAACUCCCUUCAAUGAGAUCGACCUGAGUGAAUACUCGUUUUUUGCUCGCCAUCCAGAGCUUGAGGCGAGAGCAAAGACAUGGAAGGCAUGGAUCUUUGGGCGAAAAUUCUUCUUUCCCGUUGGAAUCCUCCUUGGUGUACUGAUAGCAGUAUGGGCAAUGGACUUUUCCUCCCUCCCCGCCGACAUGAAAGACGUCUGGACCGCCUUCCCAACCACCCUCGACCCCCGCGACCUCCUCUCCAACCUCACCAUGGUCGAAACUGCCCGUAAAGCCAUUGAAUCGCGCGACUUUGCCAUAGGGCAAGAGAUGAGUGAAAAGUAUGGGAUAGAGAAGCAGCAUCCCAUCAUCCUCAUACCAGGAAUCAUCAGUACCGGGCUGGAGAGCUGGGGGACGGAGACGGUGGCGAGGCCGUUUUUCAGGAAAAGGCUUUGGGCGAGUAGAGAAUCAGGAACUGCCACGAUGAUUCGAGCAGUGCUGCAGAACAAGGAGCGGUGGAUCCAAGCGCUGAGUGUCGACGCAGAGACAGGUUUGGAUCCUCCGGGUUUCAAGUUGAGGGCUGCCCAAGGCCUCGAUGCUGCCUCCGAGUUCAUUCAGGGGUAUUGGAUUUGGCAAAAGAUUGUCGAAAACCUGGCUACGGUUGGAUAUGACACCAACUCUAUGGACAUGGCUGCUUAUGACUGGCGCUUGGCAUACUACAACCUGGAGAUUCGUGAUGCUUACUUUUCCAAGCUCAAGAGCAAGGUCGAGAUGAUGCACAAACACAACAAGGCGAAGGUUGUCCUGUGCUCCCAUUCUGCCACAUUCAAAACAUCGACAUCGACAUAUACUGACCUGACUAGCCUCAAAUGGGUCGAAGCUGAUCCCGACGAGUACGGAUUCGGAGGAGGAGGCGGUCCUACCUGGGUAGAAGACCAUAUCGAGGGUUGGAUCAAUGCUGCCGGUACAUUGUUGGGUGUACCCAAAGCGAUGACCGCCUUCUUGUCUGGUGAGAUGAGAGAUACUGUUGAACUUCACCCCGCCGGUUCUUGGGUUCUGGAAAAGUUCUUCUCCAGAAGGGAUCGAGCCAAGCUGUUCAGGAGAAUGCCCGGUAGUGCUUCCAUGUGGUUGAAGGGAGGGAGCCGAGUUUGGGGAACCGAAGAAUACGCUGCCGACGAUCCUGAAGAUGCCACCGACUCCCAUGGCCGCUUCCUCUCGUUCCGUCACCCGGAUGUCCCUCCACAUGACUCUGCCCUCGUGAAGAGCACUGUCUCUCCCAAUUUGACCAUCAGCGAAGCCGGUCCUUACAUCCUGACGCACACCCCGCCGAGUUUCCAGAGGAUGAUGGAGCUGAACUACAGCCAAGGGUAUGAAUCUGAUCCGGCGAUUUUGAAGAAGAAUGGAGCGGAUCAUAGAAAGUGGACCAACCCGCUAGAAGUGGAGUUGCCGAAUGCGCCUUCGAUGAAGAUAUACUGUCUCUACGGGCAUGGGAAGGAAACUGAGCGGUCAUAUUGGUAUAUGCAAGGAGAGUAUGAGGAGGACGAAUCCCGCUCUGAUGCCGAGGGUUCGCAAGCCUUUUGUGACGCAUCCAGCCCCGGUUGCGACAACUCUACAGUCCUACGUGCCCCGCUCGACUUUCCCCUUGCUCGCAAACACUGGAUUGACUCUGCUGUCACGGUCAAGGGCAGCAGCCCUGAGGUCCGGUCGGGUGUAAAGUUUGGGGAUGGAGAUGGGACGAUUCCAGUUAUCAGCCUUGGGAGUAUGUGUGUGAAGGGGUGGAAUGGGACCACGCCUUGGAAUCCGGCGGGUAUCAAAGUGGUGACACAAGAAUAUCUUCAUUCACCUGAUAGUAUCGAUCUUCGUGGUGGCGCGCAAACGGCCGACCACGUCGAUAUCCUUGGUGCCUCUCCUUUAAACGCGGCGAUUCUCCAGAUUGCUGGUGGACGAGGCGAUUUGGUCAAGCAAAAGAUCGGGAGCAAGAUAUUUGAUUAUACUGCAAAGAUGUUUUGGGAUUAG